AUGUCUUCCAACGAGGCCCCCACCGGUGACGUCCAGGACAACGAGUACGUCUCCCGCCAGCCCCAGCGCGGCGAGCCCAUCAGAGUCCAGGCCGAUGAUGCAAAGAUUGAGGACCCCAUUGACCCUCAAACCGCCGACUCGGAUCAGCAACUGGAGCGUGAUGACAAGGAGGCCAUUGAUAAGGACAACAUUAUUGACGAGCGCACUCGCUCUGCGAAGCCGUCUGGAACCUACCGUGAGCCCGGCGACACCGAGGGUUUGGAGCGUGAGAGGCUCGAGUAG